AUGACGCUCUGCGACCAGAUCAAGUGGGCUUGCUGCACGAUCAAAGGCGCGCGCCUCGCCGCCGUUCCGCCCCCGGGGAAGCGCGGGGCGUUUGAGCGCCUUGAGGCUCCGCGCUCUCCGGCACCCUCCACGCACCUCUACCCAACCUUUGUCCGCCACGCGCCAGGCCUGAAGAGCAUAAAGAAGGUCUUUACGAGCGUCGUCGGGACUUGCUUCAUCACACUCGGGGUGCUCCUGCUCGUACUCAACCCCGUCGGCCUCCUCGUGAACUUCGUCGCGUUCAUCCGUGUGAUGUGGAACAUCUUCUUCGGAGUGCUGAUGCUGCUGCUGCAGUUUGGCAAGACGGAGUGGCUGCUCAUCCGCUUCGGCUUCCUCGGGCACUGGGCGGGGCGGGCGUUCUUCUUCUUCUUUUGCGGCACCAACAUUCUGUUGGUGGACCCCGACGGCGGCGCGUGCCCCUAG